AUGCCAUCCCGCGACUCUUUCCGGGACGCUCGUGCGAUGGAGAUCGAAAAGCGGCGCGUGGCGGACCUGGUGGCGGCAGCAUUGCCGCAGGGCGAGGUGCCGGAGGAAGAGGAAGAGGUGCCGCUGCGCGAGUUGGGCCUGGACUCCGUGUCGGCCACCUUCCUGCAGGGUCAGCUCUCAGAGCUCUUCGGCCGUCCCUUCGGCGACCUGGGCGCUACCACCUUGGCCCAGCUGGCGGCGCUUCUGAGAUCCGAGGCGGAGGCUCCGAAAGCCGGCUGGCGCUCUUGGGGCCUCCGGCCUGGCUUGCUGCGGCGCUCUUUGCCGUCGCCGGGGUCGGCGGGGAGUGGGCUGCCUGGGGCGAGCUUUGCCUCAAGGCCUCGUUGGGCUACUUUGCGCUGGCGCUGCUGCAGCACCCGCUCCACUGGCUGCUGGCGCGCGCCAUCUUAG